AAGCUGUAUUUUGAAAGGCUGUGGGCCUAGCUGGAACCUGGUGCCUCAGAGCUGGGCCUAGUCUUGGGGGAGGGGUGUUUGCCGGUUGCCAAGGUACCCGGGUUCCGACUUCUCGCAGUGGCCACAGCCAUGCUGUACUCACUGUUCCUAGUGCCAUCAUUGUUUCUGCUGGCAAUGCCUGUCCCCAGCCGUGCCUGGUCACGGCCCCUCUGGUACCAAGUAGGGCUGGAUUUGCAGCCCUGGGGCUGCCAGCCAAAUAGCCUGGAUGGCUGCACCUCCACUCUGGGCUGCCCUGGCUACUGGAUGGCCCUGGGAGGAAAUCGCAUCUACCCCGUGGCUGGGAUUACGAUCACUACCACCAUGAUGUUGGUCGUCAGCCGUGUGCUGAUGCACCGGUGGCGGUCUCAGGACCCUAAGGGUCAGCUCCCACAGGUGACCUCUGGCUCCUGCAGACACUGGAAACGGCAGGCUACUGUCUCAGACCGCACCCUGGUCCUCAGGGUCCUCCAUAUGCUGGAUGCCAUCCUGCUCCACAUUGAGAGCCACCUGCAACGGCUGGCUUCCCAGCAACUCCAAAUAAAAGGGGCUCCCGCCCAGUCUGAGUGA